UUCAAAGCGAAAUGCUAUUUUCACACUGCGCUUGUCUUCAUACCUCCCCUUCCACACUGUAUAUAUUUUUUUAUAAUCAAUAAUGAAUGACCGUUCAUCUUCAACACUUGUAACAAAGCACUCUAAUCAAUCCACCAAUCACUAUGAUAGUUGCUCCAUUUGUUAUACAAGGCCCAACACACCACUUGUUCCUCCUCUCAAUUUUGCCAUGAUUGCAUCAGGUGUUUAUCGUUCUGGACAUCCUAAUCAACAAAACUUUGCGUUCUUACGUAAAUUAGGAUUAAAGACAAUACUUUAUUUUGCAAUGGAAGAUUAUCCACCAGAGAUGCAACAUUUUGUAGAACAAGAAGGCAUUCAAGUCUUUCAUUACAGAACAGAAGGAAAUAAAGAGCCAUUUAUCGAAGUGAAUCCUGAUGAUAUUACACAUGCACUAGUUAAGUUAUUAGAUAAACGAUGCCAUCCUGUGCUGAUCCAUUGCUUAAAGGGGAAGCACCGGAUUGGAUGUUUAGUUGGUUGCCUAAGGAAGAUUCAAAACUGGUCAAUGACUUCUAUCUUUGAUGAAUACCGCAAAUUUGCAGGAACAAAAGUGCUGGCAGAUCAAGAGUUUAUUGAAAUGUUUGACCGUGAUCAAGUACCCUAUGAUCCUGUUUAUAAACCUACUUGGUUACAGGACUAAUGUAGUUGAUAAUACCCCCUUCCUCCUCCUUUUCUCUUUCUCCCUCUCCCUUUUGAAAAUUAUGUUGAUGAAUGAUGAUCCACACUGUUAAAGACGUUCAAACUUGUUUAAUUUAUAUAAUACUUUUGUAUCAACUAAUUCAAUAAAACAAUAUAGUCUAUCGCG